AUGUUCCGCAAGUGCCUUGCCAGCUUGGCCCUGGGGCCCGUCGCGAAUCCGCAAUCGCUAAUCGUGGCUAUUCCACGGAUCACAAGGACUAUUAGUCCUGCAGCCAGUCAGUUGGUCCAAACACGCGCUGUCCACCACGUGCCCCCCCAGGGUAGACCCCCCAAAAUUCUCAUCACAGGAGGUCUUGGCCAACUGGGCAUUGAGUGUGCCAAAUUACUCCGGACGCAGUAUGGCAGCCACAAUGUAAUUCUUUCGGACAUCGUAAAACCCAGCAAGUCGGUACUGGAGAAUGGACCCUAUAUCUUCGCCGAUAUUCUGGACUUUAAGGGACUGCAGAAGAUAGUUGUGGACCAUCGUAUUGACUGGCUAAUCCAUUUCUCGGCCCUGCUCAGUGCCGUGGGCGAGCAGAAUGUGCCUUUGGCAGUGAGGGUCAACAUUGAGGGUGUGCACAAUGUCAUUGAGCUGGCGAAGCAGUACAAACUUCGCAUUUUCGUGCCCAGCACCAUUGGAGCCUUUGGCCCCGACAGUCCCCGGAACCCCACACCAAAUGUUACGAUCCAGCGACCCCGCACUAUUUAUGGCGUUUCCAAGGUGCACGCCGAGCUGAUUGGCGAAUACUAUUAUCACAAAUUUGGCCUGGACUUCAGAUGCCUGCGCUUCCCCGGAGUUAUAUCCAGCGAUCCGCCAGGUGGUGGCACCACAGAUUAUGCCGUUGCCGUUUUCCAUGACGCCCUGCGACACGGUAAAUACACCUGCUACCUGCGCCCCGACACCCGACUGCCAAUGAUGUACAUUGACGAUUGCCUGCGAUCCCUUCUGGAGUUCAUGAAGGCGCCGAAUGAGAAGUUAAAGCGUCGCGUUUACAACGUCACAGCCAUGUCCUUCACACCCGAGGAACUGGUGAAAGAACUGAGCAAGCACGUGCCCCAUCUUCACGUGGCCUACAAGCCGGAUAGCCGCCAGCUGAUCGCGGAUGCGUGGCCAGAGGUGUUCGACGACUCGGAUGCCCGACGAGACUGGCACUGGCAGCACAAGUACGAUCUGGCUAACCUGGUGGACUUCAUGGUGAAGGACGUCCAGGAGAACUACAUCAACGUUGAUAACCAGGUGCAGCAAACGCUGCAGAUCUGAUGGGAAUCUGGUAAGCGAUUCUAGCCGAAUGGAUCGCACAGUUACAGCCGCAUCUAGUAUUCCUAAGAACUAACUUUCAAUUGCAUUUAACGCUGCAUUUAUCUAGUUGAUACAAACAUAUAAACAAUGUACU